AUGUUUAGAAAAAUUUAUCGAAUGGUGUUCGGAAAAUUUAUUAAAUCGGGAGAGAAGAUAUCACUUUUUCAACUGCGGGCUGUUAAUAAAGUCGAUCGAAUCUCCAAAGGAGAAAAAACGCCAGUGGUGCAUUAUCCAAGAGAAGAGAAAUUUUUGAAAGAAAUGUCAAAAGAUGUUAAAAUUAGAGAGAAAAUCGACAAAAAAUAUGACCAACUUCUCAAAAAUGCAGAUCAAAUAACCAUAACGUCAACCGACCCUCCAGAAAUACCAAAAUCUGAGAGAAAUCUUCCAAAAAGGGAAUGGGAAUAUGACAUAGAGAAUAGUAAAUAUGAAUACGAAUAUGGUUUUUAUGAGCCACCUGUAGAAAAAAUAGAAGAAAAUAGACUCAUGUUUAGAGAAGCAUUAGAGGCUCUUAAACGUGUUGAAAGGACAAAAUUAGAUACAAUGUGGAAUUUUUUUAGGCCCUUUGCUGUUUGUGAAGAACAAAAUAUAGCUAGAAGUUCAGACAUGGAAAACAUUCUUUCCUUUGCUCAGGGAUAUGGACCGAAGCAACUUACUAACGCUCAGGUGUUUGCUGAAUUACAGAGAGCUUCGAGACAUCUUCCUCAUGAUGGUGGGGUUGUACAUGAUGAAUCCACUGAAAUGGUUCCUGAUUUUGAAACAAAAAGUAAAGAAAAAGGCGAAAAAGAAACUGAAAGGUUGGAAAGUUCAUUGAGAGAGCUUUUUAAGGUCGAAAAAUCUUCAAAUCAAUCAUCUGGCAACAAGAGGGAGUGA